CCGUCAUUUAAGAUAAGAAACUGAGGUGUUUUAAAAUAGGAUACUGAGAAAAAACUAACUAUUUCUCUUUCAGUGGAUGCCAGCUGCCACCAAUUCAGCAUGUGAAUCAGACAUUGUUACCCCCCGAAAUAGGUGAUGAAGACUUGAGCCCUCCCAGAAGGUUGAAGUUUUCUAAAAGAAAGGUUGCUGCAAAUGGAAAAUAAAAUGACACCUUAUUUUCCGUUCAUUCUGCUUCAUCUGCUUCCAAUUUUCGCCUUUGGACAUGAUGGUUGUCCCAGCCUCCCGCAGAAGGGUCUCACUUGCUACAAUGAUUACAGUCAUAACAUAACCUGCAUUUGGAAAAGCUCACCUGUCACAGAUCAAAUGAAUCACAUCUGCUCAAUAUAUGCAAAAAAUAUACGACAUUACAAAUCUUAUUAUGGUUCAAAUGCCUCCUGUAAACUACUUCCUUAUGACCGCAACAGACCAGACUUAUUAAAGUGCUCAUUGAUUUUCGAUGGAACCUACCUGUUUCAGUCAUAUAGUAACAUAUUCUUGAAUGUGAGCUGUUCCCCUUCAAAUCAAAGUGAAAUCCUCAAUUACAAGCCCGCGUGUCAUGUAAGGGUGAAUCCUCCUCAAAAGCCUGAAGUCAACUUUACCAAAGUGUCCUGGUUCACCCAAGUUGCAGAACAUUUUAUGAUUGAACAUUACAGCUCACAGCUGCAGUGGAAACAAAAGGAACAGAUUUGGAGUGACCGCCAGACCAAAAAUGUUAAGUGCAAAUUUGAAUGUGAGGCAACACUGGUGCAAGACUGGCUGGUGCAACGGGAGACAUAUGAGGCCCGUGUUCGUGUGAUGUCCCAGACUCCUUUCGAGGGAACCUGGAGUGACUGGAGCCCCACUGUGACUUGGGUACCACUUGUGGGAAGAACCAGGCUAGGAUCAGGAAAUGAUGUGGGUGUUUUGAACUGGUCUAUUUUGGGCAUGGCACUGUUUGGUUUGCUGUUGCUUCCUGGCGUAUGCUUCACAGUUUUGAAAAGCACCUGUUCCAGGGUCUACUUUGAGAAGAUUAUUGGUUCACCUCUACCCAAUCCUGCAAAAUCAGCACAAUUUAAUACUUGGUUGAAUCCAUACUUCUCCAGUGAAUCCUACCAUUCCUUCUUGAAAUCAGUGGAUAUUGUACCUGUUGAAAUAUUUUCUGUUGUAGAUGACAUCAUACUUUACAACCCAGAAGUUAAAAAGAUGCCAGACAACAACAGAAAAUCUAGUUGCUCCAGCUUCUCCAACCCCGGCUAUUCUCAUUUUUGCAGUGCUUCUCCUGGGUUUCCUUUUAGUCCUGGGAGUCUUGGGCGCAGCGCUGUUGAUGCUUCCUACAUGAAUGUCUCUGUUCAAGAAGAAGAGGACUGUGAUGUGACAAAGAAAAAACAGGAAAUGGUUAAGCUACUUCUGAUGGGCAGAGUUAACAGUGAAGCAUUGGGUAUUUCUGACUAUAAGAAUGUUUACAAGCUUCAGGCUGAGCCCCAAAGGCUCCACAGUACAGACUCAGGCAUGAGCAGUUAUGAAGAGGACAGCCAGUGGAUCAUGGAGGCAGACAGUAUCCAUGUUAUUGAAGGAGAUGACGAGAGAGAUCAGUGUAUACCAGAGGACAACGAAGGUAAUGAGGCAAAAUCCGAUGUUCAGAAGUUGUUUGUAGGCAGUGUGGGCUUUUUGGACAAAAGCUCUGUUAUUUCACCUUACAAGGUGAUCCCAAUUAUUAACGCUAAGAAUAAAGACCUCCACCGGCUUUACAGUGUAGAUUCAGGCAUGAGUAGUUUUGAGGAAGUCAGUCAAGAUAGCAUAGAGGAAAAUAGUAUUUUAGAGAUGGAAGAACACGAUGAGGGAGCACUGAGCGGGGAAAUAGAGAAGGAAGAGGUUCAGAAGUUGUUUGAAGGACAAAAAUCUCCACAGUUUUUGUCACAUUAAAACAAUGUCCCAGUGAUGUACAGUGAAGUCCUGGGUUUCCAAGCCUAGAUUUAGGAAUUAGCAGGGUAGAAGAGGAGAGUCUGGAGAACAGCAUGGAGAAGGUUGAUUAGCCCACCAAAAAUUCUUGCUUCUUGUUCCCUCUAUUUCCAUCCACUGUCU